AUGAAUUUUGUUCGAAGAGGUUGCUUUAAGUGCGGUAAUGUCGGUCAUUUUGCCGAUUCUUGUCCAGAACCAGAAAGGUUAUGCUACAACUGUAAGCAACCUGGACACGAAGCUAACCAAUGCCCUCAACCCAGAACUGCUGAAUCCAAACAAUGUUACUCGUGCGGUGGGGUUGGACAUCUUCAAGCCGACUGCCCCUCCGUCCGUGUUAACAAUGGUGGUGGAUCGGGAGGUCGCUGUUACAACUGUGGCCGCUUCGGUCAUUUGGCUCGUCAAUGCAGGAGUGGUGGUUAUGGAGGACAUCGAGAUUGUCGAGCUAGUGGAGUAAAGUGUUAUAAUUGCGGAAGAUUUGGACAUAUCUCUCGUGAUUGUUCUACUGCUCCUGUCGAUAAGUCCGUAAAAACAUGUUAUAAUUGUAGAGAACGAGGCCACAUCGCCAGGGAUUGUCCCAACGCGCAAAGUUAA